CCGGCUGUGUGGCAGCUACAAAAAGGAUCAGCUUACCUUGCGGCAAGAUCAUUUCUCAAGUGACUACCGUGCAGUGCGGAGCGGCAGCAGCGACAUCGCAAUCUCGCAACUUUAUUUACAAACAACUACAAACUCUUCAAACACAAUGGCCGUGCAGGGUCAGAGAUUUAUGACCAAGACUCAGCACUACCGCAAGGUGACCAAACCUCUGCUGGAGCGCAAGAGACGUGCCCGGAUGAACCUGUAUCUGGAUGAGCUGAAAGAUCUCAUCGUGGACACAAUGGAUGCGCAGGGGGAGCAGGUCAGCAAACUGGAGAAGGCGGACAUCCUGGAGCUCACAGUCAACUAUCUGAAGGCGCAGCAGCAGCAGCGAGUGGCCAGUCCCCAAUCUCCUCCAGCCGCCAACCAGGUUAACUUAGACAAAUUCCGCGCCGGAUACACCCAGGCCGCCUACGAGGUCUCCCACAUAUUCUCCACUGUUCCCGGCCUGGAUCUCAAGUUCGGCACCCACCUGAUGAAGCAGUUGGGCCACCAGCUCAAGGAUAUCAAGCAGGAGGAAUCCUGUCCCGAAAUGGCUGAAGAACCCGUCAAUCUAGCCGAUCAGAAGCGCUCCAAAUCCCCACAGGAAGAGGAUAUUCCCCAUGGCGAGGAUGUCUGGCGUCCCUGGUGAAAUGGGCAUUCCAAAUACACGCAACCAAUUAACAUUGAUAGCUUUACUACUUAUGUAGUUUCAUUUAGAAACGAUCCAAGUUUUCCAAGGUCUAGUGUAAACAUUUGCCUCAGAAUCGU